CUCCCCUACCUACCUACCUACCUACGGGUCCCAACCCAAAGCGGGGGAUUUUGGUGGAUUCGGUUCCCCUCCCCCAAAUCUAAUCCAAUCCAAUCCAAUCUCUCUUCUUCUUCUCUUUGUCGGUCACGCGCUUCUCUUCUCCCUCAGAUCAGAUGAGAGCAGAGCAGAGCAGAGAAUGAUUGAUUGAUUGAUUGAUUGAUUGAUUGCAGAAGAGGACGGGCGAGCUAGGGUUCCUUCUCCUUCCUUCCUUGGGACGACCAGAGCCAUGGACAUGGAGGAUUCCUCCUCCUGCUCCUCCUCCUCGCCGGCGCCGGCGGCGGACUUGGUCGACUACCUGGGUCCCGACACCUCCGUCACCGUCUUCACCAUGCUCCACCACCCCGCCGACCUCGCACGCGCAUCCGCCGUCUCCCGAUCCUGGCGACAAUUCGUUAUCGACAACCAGUUCAGCAAGCUGCAGUGCCUGCGGGCCUGCCCGGAGCUCUCCACCUUCACCCAAGUCGACAUCACCACCACCUCCGGCUCCAGAACCCCGGCACGCCGGGACCAGGACACCACCACCGGGUCGAGCGCCGAGGACGAGAAGCUCCACAGGGUGUACACGCACCUCGGCCACGGCCUCCUCUCGCCCUACAAGCCCAGGGACUGCAUCAUCCACUGCAUCGGCGCCUCCAGCACCGACAACUUCCCCGACGAGACCAUCGAGAACACCCUCGAGCCCGUCGACCACCUCGAGUCCAACAGGCCCUCCUACUGGUCCAGCGGCGGCCAGAGGGACCCCGCCGUGCCCGAGUGCCUCAUAUAUCGCCUCCAGGCCGAUCUCUGCCUCAUCCAAGAGAUCAAGCUGCAGCCAUUCAAAGCGUUUUUCCAGCAUGGCGAUCCCAUAUAUUCGCCAAAGAGCAUCCGCAUCCAGAUGGGCUAUCCAAGGUCACCGCUACGCCCUGAAGCACUUGUCUGUGAUGAAAAUGAAGGCCAGUUGAUUGAUGAUAGAAACUACGUCUGGACCUACACAUCUCCAGAAUUCCCAAUGCUGCAGGAAAAUGUUUUGCAAUCCUUCAAGUUACCACGGCCGGUUCUGUGUAUUGGCGGGGUGGUGAAGGUUGAGCUUCUUGGGAGAGUUCAGAAACAGGCAAUCGAUGGCCUCUACUACAUAUGCAUAUCUCAUGUCCAAAUAGUGGGGAAGGCACUGUCCCGAGACCUGGGGGUUGUUCCUCGCGGGAACGGCCUGGUCCUGAACUACUAUCUGGAUCCCCGUACAUGCGGCGUUCCCCGCCGUGAACCGUCACGGGACGAUGGGCGCAGCAGGUGGCAGGGCCUGGCGUCAAGGAUCUGGCAUUCUGGCACGGCGCGAGGGAUAGGAGGUCUGAACCAAACGCUGUUGAGUAGACUGUUUGGCGGUCCGUUGCGGCUCGUGGUCGUAGCGGACGAAUCGGAAGGGGAGGAGGAGGAGGAUCUUCCUUAGAAGGAAGGAAGGAGCUCAAGGGAGGAGGGUCUUAUUUGAUUUGAUUUGAUCUUCUGCACAAAAGAAACAUGUGAUAGUUACAUAUAUAAGAGUGGCUGUCCUUUUGUGGUGCUGUGAGAUUUUUUUUUACAUUUUGAUUGUGUAACAGAAGAGAAGACAGCACAAUGAGAUGCAUCCAAUCCAAUCCAAUCCAAUCAAGCUCACUUGACUUAUAAUCA